GCCGUGGCCGCCGAGCAUGGGGAAAUCCAACAGCAAGUUGAAGCCUGAAGUUGUGGAGGAGCUGACCAGAAAAACCUACUUUACCGAGAAGGAGGUGCAGCAGUGGUACAAGGGCUUCAUUAAGGACUGUCCCAGCGGGCAGCUGGAUGCGGCUGGCUUCCAGAAGAUCUACAAACAGUUCUUCCCGUUUGGAGACCCCACCAAGUUCGCCACGUUUGUUUUCAACGUCUUUGACGAGAACAAGGAUGGCAGGAUCGAGUUCUCUGAGUUCAUCCAGGCUCUAUCGGUGACCUCAAGGGGGACCCUGGAUGAGAAGCUGCGGUGGGCCUUCAAGCUCUAUGACUUGGAUAAUGAUGGCUACAUUACCAGAAAUGAGAUGCUGGACAUAGUGGAUGCCAUUUACCAGAUGGUGGGGAACACUGUGGAGCUCCCAGAAGAGGAGAACACGCCAGAGAAGAGGGUGGACCGGAUCUUCGCCAUGAUGGACAAGAAUGCUGAUGGGAAGCUGACGCUUCAGGAGUUCCAGGAAGGCUCCAAGGCCGAUCCCUCCAUCGUGCAGGCGCUGUCUCUCUACGAUGGGCUGGUAUAGUCAGGCCCAGAGCUGGGAUGUGUGGGAACCACUUGCCUCCUCCUGUGCCAUGAGGCCACCGCAGCCUGACACCACCCCGUGCCCACCCAGUCUUCCUCAUCAACACGCCUGCCGGCGCCCUUGAGCCUCCAGGCUCGGUUCUCUUCCGCCCUGCCCUGCAUCCACCUGCCGCCUGAAGCCACUGGUUCCAAUUGUCAACAACCUCCACUUGUCCAAAACAGCGACGCCCAACGCCGAACCGAAACGGAAAAGGCUCGAGCCCUCCGCAAAACUAAGGCCUCGGCUGCCUCCCUCGGGCAGGCAACCGUUCA